AUGAAGCAGAAGUUUGGUCGGCACUCCUUAGCACACUACAUGGGGUAUGCUUUUGCUGCUGUUGCUGCUGUUGCUGCUGCUGCUGCUGCUGUUGCUGCUGCUGUUGCUGCUGAUGUUGCCAUUGCUGCGGAUGCUGCUCGCACCCCUACAUUAGGCGGCAGCAGCAGAGAGGAGCUGCAGCAGCAGCUGGAGGCCUUCCUGGGUCGCCCGCUGCCGUCUGUGUUGGAGCAGCAGCGGCAGCAGCAGAUGCUGCUGCAGCAGCAGCAGCAACAGCAGCAACAGCAACAGCAACAGAUGCAGAUGCAGCAGCAGGGCAUGUACAACUACGCCAUGCAGCAGCAGCAGCAGCAGCAGCAGCAGCAGCAGCAGCAAGGGUAUAUGGAUGGAAUGGGGGCUUACCCUGGCUACCCAAUGACGAACGGCAACUCAGCACCACAGCAGCAGCAGCAGCAGCAGCAGCAGCAGCAGCAGCACGAUCAGCAGCAAGCCGCCGCACUGUCUGCUGUGGAUCCCGAGAAGUUUUUUUCACAGCUUGGGGGGGCGGAACAAAGACAGGCAUCAAAGGAGCAGCAGCAGCAGCAACAGGAACAGCAGCAGCAGCAGCAGCAGCAGCAGGAUGAAGAGGGGGAGAAGGCUGCUUGGGCGGAGGCUGUGCAGCAGCAGCAGCAGGAGCAGCAGCAGCAGCAGCAGCAGGCAGCAAAGGAGGCUCUCAGAAGCAAGAAGGGGUCCUCGCAGCUCGGUGAUAUUGACUGGACUGCUGCUCCGUACCCGCUGCUGCGAGAAUGUCUGCUGGGGGGCUGCGUGGAGGGGGCUGUUGAGCUGCUGAAGGAGACAGGGAGCCUGGGUGACGCGUUGCUGCUGGCGGGUGCAGCAGCAGCAGCAGCAGCAGCAGCAGCACCGGGUUCACAGCAGCAGCAGCAACAGCAGCAGCAGCAGCAGCAGCAGCAGCAAACCAGCGGUAGCUGUCUAUCAGAAGCAGCAGAAGGACAGGGACCCGCUAUAUGGAAAGCAGCAGCUGAGGUGUAUGUACACAACAUGAAGGAUCAGUUCUUUAAGGUACGCAUGCAGCAGCAGCAGCAGCAGCAGCAGCAGCAGCAGCAGCAACAGCAGCAGCAGCAGCAGCAACAGCAGCAGCAGCAACAGCAGCAGUUUAUUCUUGCUGGAUGCUUUGGUGGCGGAGCUGCCGCUCAGCUGCUGGCGGGAGGGGCUGCGCCUCCUCAGCAGCUAUGCAUGCACGCAACAUAA